GAGCACUCGGUGAGUAAUUGUUUAACUGACAAUGAACUCAACGCAAUGGACCCACUUCACAGGUCCUUUUGUUCUCUUCCAACUAUCCCCAGCUCGCUCAAACUCGCUACAAAACUGAGCCAACUCACUCCCCUCCCAAAUCCUCUACGAACACCAUUACAAUCCACGUCUACCCACCAAAUAAUAUAUAUUAUCUCCUUUAUUUCCUUCUCUGCAUCCGCCUCUUCUCCAAUAUUAUUUUGGGCGAUUGUCCUGACUUGUGCAAUGCAAUUUCAAAUUUUCCUCUAUAAAAUAUAUAUGAGCCGAGAUCAGACCAUAUCCCAAGCAUUUAUGAUAAAAGAUUGUAAUUGCCCAUGAGAACCUGAGGUUCUUUUCAUACUAUAGGAUGUAUCCUUUUAGGAUAGGUCGUGCAGCGCAGUGGUGUCGUUGUACAAUUACCUAACAGAUCAGGAUUUGUUCGGUGUAGAGAGAGAGAGAGAGAAGUCAACGCAAAACCAAGAUCAGAAUUGGAGAAAACAAAUGGAGAAAGCCCGGACGGACCAAUUCCAACCCCACCAAAAACACUUCUUCAAACUUGCUACUUUUCUCUUCUCUAUUCAUCUUUCAAUUGAUCCUCCACAUGAGAACUUUUUUGUUUUGCACAAGUUUCUUAUUCUAUUCUCUUGUCUCUGGUUCUUUAUUCUCUGAAUUCAUCUCUCCAAAUUUCACUGCUUCACACUAUAAGUUCAUUGACAAUGAAGGCGCUUUCCUUCUCUCUCGCAAUGGAACAUUUGAAGCUGCUAUCUUCAAUCCUGGAGGACAAGUCAACUUUUACCUGUGCGUUAUUCAUGUGGCUUCAGGCACAAUCAUAUGGUCUGCUAAUCGGGAUGCUCCUUUCUCAAGUUCAGGUAAAAUGGCUCUUACAGCCCAAGGAAUCAGCAUUGCUGAUGAAGAUGGCAAUCCCAAAUGGUCAACUCCAUCAUUGAGAUCUUCAGUUCAUGGAUUGCUACUAACUGAGAUGGGUAACCUUGUUUUACUUGAUCAGUUUAAUGAUUCGCUUUGGGAGAGCUUCCACUUUCCAACAGAUACAAUAGUCCUUGGACAACAAUUACCCGAGGGAGCAAUGCUGUCCAGUGCGGCAUCAAAUGUUAACAUAUCAACUGGUGAUUACCGGCUUGCUAUAACUGAUUCAGAUGCAAUAUUACAAUGGCAAGGGCAGGCAUAUUGGAAGUUAUCAAUGGAUAUCAACGCUUAUACAAACUCUAAUUAUGUUGUCGAUUAUAUGGCAAUAAACAGAACUGGUCUCUUUCUGUUCAGUCAUAAUGGAUCAGCUGUUGUAAUUCGGGUGAGUUUGUCACCAUCUGACUUCCGAGUUGCCCAGUUGGAUGCUUCUGGCCGCUUUAUAGUCAAACGUUUUUCUGGCGGUGAUGGGGAACAGGAGUUUGUAGGGCCACGUGAUGGUUGUCAAAUUCCACUCAUCUGUGGCAGAAUUGGUUUGUGUCUUGAUGCUACAUCCAAUGGACCAACUUGUUCGUGUCCGCAAGGUUUCCAUGGAGUUUCUCAAAAUUCAAGUGGUUGCUUGCCAAGUGGUCUUUCCUUGCCACGCGCUUGUAAUUCAACAAAAAAUGGAAGUCAGUUGAAUUCCUCUGCUCUUUCUUAUUCAAGGCUUGGUUUUGGUAUGGAUUACUUUGCUAUUGAUUUCUCCGAGCCUGUAAGAUAUGGGGUAAAUUUGUCUAUCUGUCAAGAGUUUUGCACGUCGGACUGUUCUUGUUUGGGAAUUUUUUAUGAAAAUUCGUCUGGAUCUUGCUAUGCACUUGAAAAUGACUUGGGUUCCUUUAUAUCAAGCACUAGCGAUGAAGAUGAUCUGUUGGGUUAUGUUAAAGUUAUAGUUGGAGCACCUUCUGAUGUCAAUACAACUUACAGUAAUCAAAGUCGACAACUCCCUGUAAUUGCUCUGGUGCUUUUACCUUUUACUGGGCUCAUCCUCAUGGUUGUUCUUGGUUUCCUUUGGUGGAGAAGAUGGAAACUUUCUAACAAAGAUAUAAAACUCGGUCAUGCAAGCUCACUUUCUUCUGGUGACCUUGAUGCCUUCUACAUCCCAGGCUUACCCCAAAGGUAUGACCUUGAAGAGCUUGAGGUGGCUACUGAUAAUUUUAAAACCCAGAUUGGAUCAGGUGGGUUUGGUUCUGUAUACAAGGGCACUCUGCCUGAUAAAUCAGUUGUGGCAGUAAAAAAGAUAACCAAUUUAGGAGUACAAGGGAAAAAGGAUUUUUGUACUGAAAUUGCGGUAAUCGGAAGUAUACACCACGUCAAUCUGGUGAAGUUAAGAGGAUUUUGUGCACAAGGCAGACAGCGCCUUUUGGUUUACGAGUACAUGAAUCGUGGCUCCUUAGACAAGACCCUUUUUGGUAGUGGACCUGUCUUGGAAUGGCAAGAGAGAUUUGAGAUAGCUCUGGGAACUGCUCGUGGGCUUGCAUACUUGCAUACUGGGUGUGAGCACAAAAUUAUUCAUUGUGAUGUUAAACCCGAGAAUAUUCUUCUGCAUGAUCAGUUUCAAGCCAAGAUAUCUGAUUUCGGCCUCUCAAAACUUCUAAGCCCUGAACAGUCCAGUUUAUUCACAACAAUGAGGGGAACCCGCGGCUAUCUUGCACCUGAAUGGCUAACUAACUCAGCAAUCUCAGAAAAAACUGAUGUUUACAGUUUUGGAAUGGUAAUGCUUGAACUUGUGAGUGGAAGGAAAAAUUGCUCGGUUCGAUCACAAAGCCACAGCAUGGACAAUAGCAGCAGCGGUGGUGGCCAAUCAACAUCAUCAUCAGGAUCAGGACUUGUUUAUUUCCCAUUAUUGGCAUUGGAGAUGCAUGAGCAAGCGAGGUACAUGGAGCUAGCGGACUCAAGGCUAGAUGGGAGGGUCACAAGUGAAGAGGUGGAAAAAUUAGUGCGAGUAGCUCUGUGUUGUCUGCACGAGGAACCAUCAUGGAGGCCUAACAUGGCAAAUGUCGUAGGAAUGUUGGAGGGCGAUAUUCCUUUAGGUCAGCCGAGAGUUGAAUCUCUGAAUUUCUUGAGAUUUUAUGGGCGUAGAUUUGCUGAGGCUUCCAUGAUAGAGGAGAAUAUGCAAAGUGACUUUGUGUUGUUUCCACGAGCAAAUAAUUCUACAACAAGCACAAGUGAAUCCCAUGUUUGUUUAUCUUUCAUCUCCUCACAGCAGAUUUCAGGACCAAGAUAGUGUUUAAUGUUUGAAUUCUGCAGCAUAUGUAUAGUGUAUUCUGAAUUAUAUCCUGUUCAGAAUUUUAUUUGUUUCAUGGCAUUAUCUCUAGAUUGGAAUCAACUUUUACCCAUUUGAGAGGAAGUUCAAGAAGAGUUGAUCUUCAACAAGUGAAUGGUUAGAUUUGGUGCAUAAAUUAGAGGUUGAAGAUUUUGUG